UCAAAGGUGCCUCCCCUUUCCAUUUGUUGCUACAUUUCUGGUCCUUGAAACGUUAUUGUGCAUGUAAGCUAGGGUUUGCCUGUUCUCAUGGGUCUGAAAUGGCUUUGUGCUACUCCUGUGCAGACACUUCAACAGUUCAAUCUUCCUACGGUCACUGUUGGAAGAGGCCGAGGUGUGACCAUUAGCCAGAACUUGGGGUCAAGGUCAUCAUUGCGCUUGUCUGGGAUCCAUCCAGGGAUGGGUGGAUCAUUGGCUUCUGCUCAGGCAGGAGCAGUGGGAAGAGGAGCAGCAGCAGGUGAUGGAGGGUUUGUUGGGGAAAGGCAAUCAUUGGAUGACCUUUCAAUCGGGGAAGGAACAUCUCGAAUGCUUCCUGACGUCAAUUCAUCUUGCAACGGGACUACCUCUGGAGGGGUGCCCGAUAGUCCAGACCACUAUGAUCCGGAUCAGCCACUUUGGACUGAGGCCCGCUCCUGUUUGAGUGAAAGGGGCAGUGCUGGAGUCAACCUUUGCAGUCCAGAUUCGAGCCGCUGGGUUGUGGGACUUACCAAGGGUGUUCGAGGUGGUUCUCGUCAUUUGCCAUUGCCAUUGGGUGGUGGCGUUGGUAGUGUCAGUAUUGCCAAGGAUGUUGGUGGAGUGAGCAGGAGCAGCUGGAGGGUGACAGGCAUGGGUGGCCGACAUGUAUUACAAACGAAAAGUGGCAAUGGUUGGGGCUGUGAUUCUGGACACCUGGACUCGGAGGUGCUCUCAGGGGUCCAAGGAAGGCUGGAGGGAGGGGGCAUGAGAGAAAGUGGAAUGGGAAGGGGAGUGAAGAGAGGCAGGCAUGACCUUGAUGGAGUGGAAGAGGGCUGUGUUCUGCACAGACCUGGCACCUGGAACAGGCCAUGGAGCAGUUGUAGUGGUGGGAGCAGAGACAACAGAGAUGGGGCUGCACCGGCUGUGGCUGAUCUGCACCUGAUGUCUGCGACUGAUCCAAAUCCUUACCUUUCUGGCCGAGGACGGGGAUCUUUAGUGAGAAGUUUCGAUGGGGGCCGGCUGGAGCAGCAACAGCAGCGGGGAUCGGCUGGCAAAGCUGAGGAGAUGGGAAACUUUGGUCCAAGGCAUAGUGAGGAAAUGGGGGAGUUUGCCAACAAUUGGAUGGCUAGAAGUGGGCAAGGAUAUGUGCCAGGGACGAGCAGAGUGUGCCAUGCCAAGAAACAUGCUGAGAAACAAGCCACAAAGACGCUUGGGUUGUUCAACAUUCCACAGGAAUUGAAUACUCUGGAAACGAUUCUGAAUCAUUUCAGGAAGUUUGGUAAAGUGGUUGAUGUGCGCUGUCAGCACGAUGGCAGCAGAGCUUUUCUGCAAUUUGCAAGAACUGAGGAUGCAAAGACCGCGCUGCAUGCCCCCGAAGCCGUGAUGGGUAAUAGAUUCAUAAAGCUCACCUGGGCAAAGCGAGAUUCGAUUCCCACUGCAGAUAAAAGGGCAAACACUUUUGCACCUGAAUUGAAUUAUGGUCAGGGCACAAGAGCCUCACCAUCAGCUCCACCUUUGUCUAUCCAGAAAGAGAGAACAGAGAAGAAGGCAGAAACAUCCAGCGAGCCUGGCGCAGCUGCUGGCGGCUGCUGCGGUGCCCCAUCAGCACAUUCCAUGCCAUCCACUAUGGCAGCCCUAUCUUUGUCGACAGGGGGACGUGUUGGUGCAGUAUUGAACCUUCAAAAGCAGGAUGGCGCCACGGUUUUUGGCGGUUCAGCUUGGACUUUGGCGACUGGGUCAGCAAGUGGAAGUGCAGGAGCAUCCAGCGGCUGCGAUGGUGCCCCGUCAGCACAUUCCAUGCCAUCCACAGUGAGACGUGUUGGUGCAAUAUUGAACCUUCAUAAGCAGGACGGCGCCACGGUUUUUGGCGGUUCAGCUUGGACUUCGGCGACUGGGUCAGCAAGUGGAAGUGCAGGCGCGUUGCCAACUAUGAUGCCGGUGAACGCCAGUGGGGACAAGAGCUUCCCUUCGGAUCAGCAAAAACAGAAAGGGAAUCUGGAACUACUCAUGGACAUACAAAAGAAGCAAGAGGUUUUGCUGAGGAUGCAGAUCCAGCAGAGGAAGUUAAUAGUUGAGAGGCUUGCCAAGAGAGCACAGGAGAGGGAAAGGGGGAGGAAUGCCGCAAUUACAGAGCUCGAGGGGGCUUGUGCACCUGUUGAUGUGUCCUCCAAAGAGGAUGAGUGUGAGGCAAGUGAGGGGGAGGCGCCGAAUUCCGCAACACAGACUACUGUAGGGGCGUCCACUUCAAAGACCGGGAUGAGCCAGUCCUUGAUCACGAACAGUGCCGCAGUUGUGGCGAAGAACGAGGAGACGCAGCGCUCGAUCGAAGAUUGGAUGAUUGCCCAUUGCGACAUGAUGAAGAGCGAGGAGUGGAACAACAUCGUGAAGGCGUUGAUGAACGCCCACGAAUCCUUCAAGUACGCGAAGAACGAGAAGGCAAGGACCACUUGUGUGGAGGUCACCAAGGGGAGGGUUGCAACAAGGGUGGAGGAAACUGCGGCGGCAGUGGCCUUCCACUGGUUGCUUGCUGCAACUGGACGGUUGGACCUAUCGCCGCUCGAGGCCACACAUCAACAUUAUGCAUGGAAGGAGAGCAUUGUGCUGACCACACAUCGGCACCUAUUCCGUGCAGCCACCGAACGCAUCCUUGACAACACGCUUUGGUCCGGCGUGGAGAAGGUAAUGGAGACCUCAAAGGGCCUGCUUGAUCUCUUGAAGUUUGUGGAUGGCAAUGGCCCCACAAUCAGCAAGAUCUAUGGCCGAAUGGACAACUUAGUGGAGAAGCUCAGAGAGAAUGAGGUCCUCACGGAAACGGAGAAGGACGAGUUGGAGGUGAUCAAUCAUAAUGCGACAUUGGAAUGCCAUGACAUCACCACUGCAUUGUGCAGCAAUGUUUUUGGACCCUAAGUUCAAAGCCAGCAAGCCGGAGCAAGAUCUGGAGGUUGCAGACGGGUUCUGGACGCGGGUAUACUCUUCG